AUGUUGAUUCUCCAUGAGACCCCAGCUGGAUACGCUGUGUUCAAAGUGACCGACGAAGAUGUUCUGAACAUCGCGUCAGACGAGGAAUAUAAUGAGGCAUUAAAAAAGACAGACCCGUCGAAUGUAGUGUCGCUGGACUAUUUGUUAAAGUUCGAGAAAGCAGAACAGGCUGUCGACGAGUGCCAAGCGGUCAACGACGGUGUGAUGACCCCAUUGCUCCACAAAUUCUUAAAGGCGACAGUCAUGAAGACGGACAAUAAGGAGAUGAUAGUCAUCGACUCGAACUUGUCGCAGUCGAUUAGAAACAAAUUGAAGCUUGAGACGCCAAAUGCCGCUUACACUUUACGACUGGACAGACUUAUUAGAGAAAACAUCGAGAAGCUGAUGCCCGAGAUUUCAUCGAACGAAAUGCACUCGAUGGAAAUGGGUCUCUCUCACCACUGGUCAUCAUUUAAGAUCAAAUUCUCACCAGAUAAAAUCGAUACUAUGGUGAUUCAGGCUGUCUCAUUGCUUGAUGAUUUGGAUAAGGAAAUCAAUAACUACGGUAUGAGAAUCCGAGAGUGGUACGGAUGGCACUUCCCUGAGCUCUCCAAGUUUGUCGCCGACCAGUUGUCGUAUUGUGAACUUGUUGUUAAAAUUGGGAUGCGAGUGAAUGCGAAGGAAGUUGAUAUGAAGGAAUAUGUUGAUCCCGUUGUAGAAGAAGAGAUUAAGAAUGCCAGUGUGACAUCUAUGGGUUCUGAGAUCUCAGAUGAGGAUUUGGAAAACAUCAAAGAAUUGUGCAAUCAAACGAUUGAUAUCAUUCACUAUAGAGAACAAUUGAACGACUAUUUGACUCAAAGAAUGAAAGCUAUUGCCCCGAAUUUGACAACUUUACUUGGUGAGAUGGUAGGUGCUCGACUCAUUGCACACACUGGAUCGUUAAUCAAUUUGGCUAAAGCACCAGGAAGCACUAUCCAAAUUCUCGGAGCAGAAAAGGCUUUAUUCAGAGCUAUUAAGUCAAAGAAGAAAACCCCAAAGUAUGGACUCAUCUAUCACGCGACGUUAAUCGGACAAGCUCCAGCUAAAUCAAAAGGUAAGAUCUCUAGAGUCUUGUCAUCAAAGGCCGCGUUGUGCGCGAGAGUCGACGCGUUGUCGGACAGCGUACAAACUUCAAUGGGUGAGAAGGGAAGAGAACUGGUUGAAGAAAGACUCAGAGCAGCGGAGAGCAAGGCCGCGGGGAUCGCACAACCACAAAUUGGGAAGUUCGCAAGAAAGCAAGAUAAUGUCGUUGCGUCGACAAAGGUAUUUAACACGACUAAUGAUAUUAAGUUGAAAGAAGACAAAAAGCCACAAAUCAAGGAAGAAGAUUCAUCAAGUGAGGAAGUGAUUAAACAAAAGGUUAAAACUGAGAAGAUGUCGGAAUCAUCGUCAUCAGAUUCUUCUGAAUCUUCAGAUUCGUCAAGUGAAGAAGAAAAACCUAAGAAAAUGGAAAUAGAAAAACCAAAGAAAGUGUCGGAAGAUGAGAGCUCAAGCGAAUCAUCUUCGUCAGAUUCUGAAUCAUCUUCAAGUGAGGCCGGAAAGAGAAAGAAAAAGAGCACAAAGGGUAAAGAGGAAAAAAGAAGAAAUUGA